AUGGCUAUACCAUUUUUCGAGCCAAAAAAUGCAUCUGACGAGCAAGCAGUCGAUCAAGUUGAUGGUCCGAUUAACACAACCGCAGUACCGACCACACAUAAUCCUAUACUGGUUGACACUGUAGCAGCGGCGGAAAGUUCUGACGAAAAUGUAACUAAUAGUCAAUCAACGCACACGGAUCCUAACGAAAAAUUGGCAUGGAAGAUACUUGCCUUGGGUUUGUGUAAGGCUCUGAAGGAAUAUUAUUUGCAAACUGCUAAGUCGAAUAAUGCAUUUAGUAGUGCUUUGGUGCUGGUUCUACCGAAUGGAGAGGUGCAACCUGUUUGGAAGUAA